AUGGCACAAGGGGGGAGGAGCCUCAUAAGUGCCGGCAACGAUUUCCACUAUAUAGCCCUGAGAUCUGGAAUGGAAGUUAUAAAUGGGGGGUGGCCGCGGGAACAGGACAUGGCGAGCAUGGAGAAGGUUGGACGAGAGGCUGCCACCAGUGAGAGACACACGCAGAUGACAAUAACGAAGACCCAGAGAAUGCGAGCGGCGGCUGAUCAGGGGGGAGUGCAUCAAAUGGCCGGACAAGCCUCCACCUAGAGCCAAUGCAGAGCAAGGGAACAAGAGGAAUGAAAAAGACAUGACGUAAGCUCCA